AUGAAAUUGUUAAAAAUUAUUUUUAUAAUUUUUUCAUUUAUUUCAAUCUCGAUCUCAAUUAGAAAUGAUGAAUAUAAUAGUAUUCAUCAUGAAAAAUUGAAUAGAAAUAAAAUUAAAAGUAGAGAAAUAAAGUCAAUUAAAGAGAAUUUAAAAUUAAAUUUUUCCCUACGACAAUCAAAUAAUAUUUUACAAAUAGUGGGAAGUGAAAAAAUAAUUUUAGAAAAGUUAUAUAAAGAAUGGAAUGGCAACGAAUGGUACGAUAAUUCAAACUGGUUAGAAGGUGACCCAUGCACAAAUAAUUGGUAUGGAAUUGAAUGUAUAGAUCUCACAGAUGGUAGUGGUGGUAGUGCAGUAGUUUCAAUCGAUUUACAAAAUAAUAAUUUAAGUGGUAAUUUUUUUGAUGAGUUUUCAGGGUUGAUUCACUUGGAAAAGUUAGAGUUGGGUAAUAAUAUAAUGUCGGGUGUUAUACCUAAUGGUGUUUUUCAAAAUAUGAACAAGUUACAGUAUAUGUCUUUAAAUGAUAAUUCAUUCGAAGGUGAUUUAACAUGGGCAUUAUAUUUACCACUUAGUAUCAAAACAUUGUGGAUCGCUUUAAAUCAAUUCUCUGGUGAAAUUGCUGAUUUCUCAAAAUACGAAAAUUUAGAUUUACUCUUUCUCGAAGAAAAUUUAUUAGAAGGGACAAUACCUCCUCAUGUUGGUAGUAUCCCAAAAAUACGUCUUUUAGAUUUUGGUAUCAAUAGUUUACAUGGCUCAUUACCGGAUGAAUUAGGUAAUUUAAAAACUCUCGAGCAAUUUUGGUUAUAUGACAACUUUUUAUCAGGAUCAAUACCCAAAACUUUUUCAAAUUUAAAAAAUUUAACUCUAUUUGAAACAUCAAGAAACCAAUUUUCAGGUUCAUUAGAUGGAGUAUUUACAGAUAAUCCAAAUUUAUAUUCUAUUAAAUUUUCAGGCAAUCAAUUCUCAGGAAGUUUAGAUUGGUUAUGUAUUCUCCCAAAUGUUUCAGUUGUCAAUUUUAAUUCAAAUAACUUUACAUCUUUACCAGAUUGCACAACAAAUAUUCCAACAAAUAUUACAGAGUUUGUUUUUUCAAAUAAUCAAUUAACAGGCACAAUUCCAGAAAGUAUAGGUUAUUUUAAAAAUAUGACAUUCUUUAACAUUGCAAAUAAUAAUAUAGGUGGUUUUGUUCCAAAGACUUUUAAAAAUUUAAAUAAAUUAACUAGAAUUGCACUUGAAAAUAAUAAUUUUACAUGUACUCUUAGUGAAAUUAUAGACCCUAUCAAAUAUCAUACACAGUUGACAAUUGUUUCAGCUCAUACAAAUAAAAUAACAGGUGAAUUUACAGAGGACAUGGUAUGGGAUAGUGAAAGACAAAUAGAGUUAUUAACAAAGAUGUUUAUUAUUAAUUUGGCACAAAAUUAUUUAUCGGGCGAACUUAACGAAUAUAUCUCUUGGAUGCCAAACUUAGAUACAUUGGAUCUAAGUUACAAUAACUUUUCAGGUGCAAUCCCAAAAAGUUUAAAUUAUUUAUCAACUCUCUAUUUAGAAGGUAACCCAUAUUUGGCAUCAGGUGACGGAACUCUACCAGAUUUUAUGAAACCAAGCGAUCAAAUGAUUCAUUCAGCAAAUGGUGAAUCAUUUUCAUGUCCACAAGUUAUUGGUAAUGGAAACUCUAUGAGAGUAACAUUAGAUCCAUCAUAUUAUAAUCAUACUUUUUGCAAAUGUGAUAUCAAUUAUAGAGGUUCUAAUGGUACAUGCUUCUUAUGCCCAGAGGACUCUUUUUGCCCAGGUGGUGGUAAUCAAAUUUUAAUUCCAACUGGUUAUUUCCCAUUCCCAUCAAUAGAAGACCCAGAGUAUUUAUUAAAAUGUGGUGUAUCAAAUUUUGGCUUUACUCCAUGCAAUCCAGACAAUGGUUAUAAUUUUACUUGUGCUGAAGGUUAUGAAGAUAGAUUAUGUUCAAAAUGCCAAUCUGGUUAUUACAGAAAAGGUGUCGAAUGUGCAAAUUGCCCAACUGGUUCAGUUCAAUAUGUUAUCUUUGUUAUUGUGGUUUUAAUUUUUAUAGGUUUAUUCUUAUAUUUUGUUUUAACAGAUCCAAAAAGAUCAUUACCAUCAAGUACCAGAAAAACAUUGAUGUAUUACUACCAAGUAUUCAAUUUGCUGCUUUCUAAACUUUCACCAUGGCCAUCAUUCUUUAGUGCAUUUUACUCAGGUUCAUCAUGGUUAAACUUUUCAUUUGGUUUCUUAUGUAUAAAUAGAUUCAGUGCUUGGCCAAACCUUUAUGUAGUUAUGCUUUGUUUACCAUUUGUUUUCUUUUUCUUAUCGGUUAUAUUUAUAUUUGGAAUGCAACUUUACAAAUACAUUAAAACAAAGACUAUCGAAAAGAGAUUCUUUUACUCUGGUGUCCGUGUCAAUUUAUUAAUGCUCAACUUUUUAUAUUUACCAUUGUGCAACUAUCUCUUUGAAAAUUUCCCAUGUGAUAAAGAUGAAAAUACUGGCGAGUCUUACAUGUCUUUCUUCCCAUAUAUUCAAUGCAGCAACGACAAUCAUACUUAUAUUACAGUUCAAAGAGUAACCAUUGCUUUUACAAUCAUCUAUAUCGUUGGUAUUCCAUUACUUUUCGCCACAUUAUUGUUCUACAACAGAAAGAGAUUAGAUCAUCCAAAUGUUUUACUUAUGGUUGGUUCCAUUUAUAUCGAUUAUAGAAAAUCUGUUUAUUGGUACGAACUUGUAGCUGUUGGAAGAAGAUUCUUUAUGGCUGUAUCUCUUGCUCUAAUCGAUCCAAAGAGUUCAUUCAGUAUCUUUGUAGUUCUUUUAGUUGUAGGCUCAUCCAUUGUUACACAGUUAAUGUUUAAACCAUAUGUAUAUAAAAUAUCCAACUUUGCAGAAGUUUUAGGAAACUCAGUUCUUUUAUUCAGUUAUGUUUGCAUUUUAAUUUUAGCAUCAUUAAAAACCACAAAUCUUUAUGACUCCAAAGGUAUAGAAAUUAUUUUAUCAGUUGUAGUAGUUUUGUAUACAAUAUUGUUACUUCUCUUGUUCCUCUUCUCAUUAAAAUACUUCCUCCCAAAGAAAUGGCAAUUACAACUAGAUUCAAAAAUUAUUAAAGUUAUUUUCUAUCUCAGAGAUAUAUCAGAUAAAUAUAUGAAGAAUGGUAAAACAUUUGAAGAUGAUCCUGAUGAAGAUUCAUUCGAAACAAAUAAAGAACCAAUAUUUGAAAGAACUGUUAGUAAUCUAGAGGUUAGAAGAAGAAAUACUAGGUUAUCUUCAAUUAUAGAGUUAAAUAAUAUGCAUAACAAUAAUAAUAACAAUAGCAAUAGCAAUAUUCAAAAUCAUAUUAAUAGUAGUCAUAGUAGUCAUAGUAACCAUUCAGCAGAACAAUCUCCUAAAAAACAAACAGAUGUAACAAUUAAUGUUUCGGUGAAUGACAAUAACAGUAAUAAUGAUAAUAAUAAUAAUGAUAAUAACAAUAAUAAUAACAACUAUGACUAUGAAAAAAAUAAUCAUCAAAACUAG